UCAGUCAUGGCGGUGUCUGCUGCUGCUGCUGCUGCUGCUGCUGGGAGACUCCGGGAUGGAGUAAACGCCGCAGCCGCCGCCUCUUGACUCCUUCUCGCCUCCUUCAUGCGGGACCGUCGCCUGCGCCGGCAGAGAUAUCGCGAACACCCAGCAGCAGGCUGCCCGCGCUCCCCGCCAUGGCCGACCGAGGCGUCGAUUUGUCGGCUCUGCCUAAAGAGGUCAGGGACCAGCUGGCGGAGUUGGACUUGGAGCUGUCCGAAGGUGACAUCACACAGAAGGGCUACGAGAAGAAAAGGACCAAACUCCUGGUGCCAUACAUCAUCCACACCCCAGUGGAACCGCCCCCGAGGAACGACGGGCGGCCGCCAGCUCCCAGUUCCUCCUCCAGCCACGGCCCCCCUCCUUCCAGCUCAUCCCGUUACCGCGAAAGGCGCUCCCGUAGAACGCAUCGCAAUGGCGGAACCAGGGAUGACCGCUACCGAUCAGAUAUCCACUCUGAAGCUGUCCAAGCUGCUCUGGCUAAACAUAAAGAGGAAAAGAUGGCGCUGCCCAUGCCUACAAAACGCCGCUCAACCUAUGUGCCGUCGCCCAUCGAAAUGCGUACGCCACCAGACUCCUCGUCGGCCUCUGAAGACGAAACGUCUGUGCGUAGACAGUCGUCAUUGGUCAUCCCCGUCCCUUUGCACAAUCCCAACGCGCAGAGCCUCGACUAUUGGAUUAACCGCACCACCCAGGGUUCGUCUACGUCCUCAUCGGCCUCCUCCACCAUGUCCCACGGAGAGCCCAAACCUCAGUCUCAGAACCAGCCUCAGCCUCAGUACAAGCCUCAGUACCAACCUCUGUACAAGCCUCAGUACCAGCCGCACUAUCAACCCCAUCAGGAGCCACACGCCGCCGCCGUCACCGACAUGAUGGCGCACAGCCGCAUCGCCCCCUCUGAGAGCAGUGCCCCGCCUCCAGAUGUGACCGCCGUUGCUCUCCCAGCCAGAGGCCCGCGGGUGGACUUGCCCUCCAACGCCACCGUCCGUGGGAUGAGUCGAGGGCAGAGUCGCUCCAGCAUGAUGGAGACCGCAGACGGAAGAAUUAAUCUCCAGAGAGUUCCAGUGAACAGCAGAGUGUCCACCAAGAUCCAGCAACUGCUAAACACCCUGAAGAGGCCAAAGAGGCCACCCCUCAGUGAGUUUUUCACGGACGACUCUGAAGAGAUAGUCGAAGUGCCCCAGCCGGACCCUAACACACCCAAGCCGGAAGGCCGUCAGAUCAUCCCGGUGAAAGGCGAGCCUUUGGGGGUGGUCAGUAACUGGCCCCCAGCCUUGCAGGCUGCGUUGGCCCGGUGGGGGGCCACACAGGGAAAAAGCCCGGCCCUCACAGCUCUGGACAUCACAGGCAAACCGCUGUACACGCUGACGUAUGGGAAGCUGUGGAGUCGCAGUGUGAAGCUGGCGUUCACUCUUCUCAAUAAGCUGGGCACCAAGAAUGAGCAGAUUCUCAAACCCGGUGAUAGGGUGGCACUGGUGUUCCCUAACAGUGACCCUGGGAUGUUCUGGGUGGCCUUCUAUGGCUGCCUCCUGGCUGAGGUCAUACCUGUACCCAUAGAGGUGCCCCUGUCUCGCAAGGAUGCGGGCAUCAGCCAGGUGGGGUUUCUCCUCGGUAGCUGUGGUGUCGGCCUGGCACUGACUAGCGAGAUUUGUCUGAAGGGUUUACCUAAGACCCCAGCUGGAGAAAUAAUGCAGUUCAAAGGCUGGCCUCGGAUGAAGUGGGUGAUUACAGACUCCAAAUAUCUGACUAAGCCUUCUAAAGACUGGCAGCCGCACAUCCCGACGGCCAAUACUGACCCAGCAUACAUCGAGUACAAGGCCAAUAAAGAGGGCACCGUGGUGGGUGUGGCUGUGUCCAAAGUGGCCAUGCUGACCCACUGCCAGGCACUGACUCAGGCCUGCAACUACUGCGAGGGGGAAACAUUAGUGAAUGUUCUGGACUUUAAGAAAGACAUGGGUCUGUGGCAUGGGGUUCUCACGGCUGUGAUGAACAGGAUCCACACUAUAAGUGUUCCCUAUGCAGUCAUGAAGGCGUGUCCUCUCUCCUGGGUGCAGAGGGUCCACAUCCACAAAGCUCGUUUAGCUUUGGUGAAGUGCCGGGACCUGCACUGGGCCAUGAUGGCUCAUCGGGAGCAGAGAGACAUUAGCCUGGUGUCUUUGCGGAUGCUGAUUGUUGCUGAUGGCGCCAACCCCUGGUCAGUUUCCUCCUGUGAUGCCUUCCUGAACGUGUUCCAGUCUCACGGGCUGAAGCCUGAAGUCAUCUGUCCCUGCGCUACAUCCCCUGAGGCCAUGACAGUGGCUAUACGCAGACCUGGGUUACCGGGCGCGCCACUUCCCGCCCGAGCUGUCCUUUCCCUUGGCGGCCUGAGCCAUGGGGUCAUCAGGGUCAAUACAGAAGACAAGAACUCAGCCCUCACCGUGCAGGACGUGGGGCAUGUUAUGCCAGGAGCUCUGAUGUGCAUUGUUAAACCGGACGGGCCUCCUCAGUUAUGUAAAACCGAUGAGAUCGGAGAGAUAAUAAUCAACUCCCGAGCUGGGGGCACAAUGUACUAUGGCCUGCCCGGGGUCACCAAAAACACAUUUGAGGUGAUACCGGUCAAUGCUAAUGGAGUCCCCAUUGGAGAGAUUCCAUUUGUGCGGUCAGGACUCUUGGGGUUUGUUGGUCCGGGAAGUCUGAUCUUUGUUGUGGGCAAGAUGGAGGGUCUCCUACAAGUGAGCGGACGGAGACACAACGCCGACGACCUAGUGGCCACUGCACUCGCCGUGGAGCCGGUCAAGACUGUGUACCGCGGGAGGAUCGCUGUCUUCUCAGUCACUGUGUUCUACGACGAGAGGGUCGUGAUUGUGGCCGAGCAGAGGCCGGACGCCAGCGAGGAGGACAGCUUCCAGUGGAUGAGCCGCGUCCUUCAGGCCAUUGACAGUAUCCACCAGGUCGGCCUCUACUGCCUUGCUCUAGUCCCAGCCAACACCUUACCAAAAACACCUCUGGGGGGCAUCCACAUUUCCGACACCAAGCAGUUCUUCUUAGAGGGCAACCUCCACCCUUGCAACAUCCUCAUGUGUCCACACACCUGUGUCACCAACCUGCCCAAACCCCGGCAGAAGCAGCCAGUUGGCGUUGGUCCUGCAUCCGUGAUGGUGGGAAACCUGGUGGCAGGGAAGAGGAUCGCCCAGGCAUCAGGCAGAGAGCUCGGCGUGAUUGAAGAUCAGGAUCUUGUCCGGAAACUCUGUAUGUGGCCCACUGUCAUGCAUCAGUAUUUGGCAGAAGCACUACAGUGGAGGGCACAGACUGAUCCAGACCAUGUUCUUUACGUGCUUCUUAACGCCAAGGGAGUGGCUGUGAGCACGGCAACCUGCGUUCAGCUUCACAAGCGAGCCGAGAAGAUUGCGGCGGCGCUCAUGGAGAAAGGCAGCAUCAACACCGGCGAGAACGUUGUCUUGCUUUAUACUCCUGGUAUUGACUUGAUCGCCUCCUUUUAUGGCUGCCUCUACGCUGGCUGUGUCCCCGUAAACGUCAGACCUCCACACCCUCAGAACCUGGCGGCCACGCUGCCUACUGUCCGUAUGAUCAUUGAUGUCAGUAAAGCAGCAUGUAUCCUCACAACUCAAAAUCUGAUGCGGAUACUUCGCUCCAAAGAUGCUGCAGCAUCUGUAAACAUUAAAACAUGGCCGACAAUCAUAGACACUGAUGACCUUCCUCGCCGCCGGCCUCCUCAGAUCUAUAAGCCGCCCACAGCCGAGAUGAUAGCCUAUCUGGACUUCAGUGUGUCCACUACGGGCAUGCUCACUGGAGUCAAGAUCUCUCAUGCAGCGGUCAGUGCGCUGUGCCGCUCUAUAAAACUGCAGUGUGAGCUUUACUCUUCUCGCCAAAUCGCCAUCUGCCUGGAUCCUUACUGCGGUCUGGGCUUUGUCUUGUGGUGCCUCGCUAGUGUUUACUCAGGUCAUCAGUCCAUCCUGAUUCCUCCGUUUGAGCUGGAGACCUGCUUGUCCCUGUGGCUCAGCACGCUCAGUCAGUAUCGUGUCAGAGACACCUUCUGCUCCUACUCCGUCAUGGAGUUCUGCACCAAAGGACUGGGCACUCAAACGGAGUUGCUCAAGGCUCGUGGCGUCAACCUGUCGUGCGUGCGAAGCUGCGUGGUGAUUGCAGAGGAGCGCCCUCGUCUGGCCCUCACACACUCUUUCUCUAAGCUGUUUAAAGAUCUGGGGUUGUCAACCAGGGCUGUCAGCACCGCUUUUGGAUCCAGGGUUAACCUGGCUGUCUGUCUGCAGGGUACCACUGGUCCUGAUCCUUGUACAGUGUACGUGGACAUGAAGUCGCUUCGCCAUGACAGGGUGAGACUGGUUGAGAGAGGAGCUCCUCAGAGUCUUCCACUGAUGGAGUCUGGCAAGAUAUUGCCAGGCGUUCGAGUCAUAAUCGUGAACCCAGAGACCAGAGGGCCGCUCGGAGACUCUCAUCUCGGAGAGAUUUGGGUAAACAGCCCUCAUAAUGCCAGUGGUUACUACACAAUCUACGGAGAGGAAAGUCUUCAGGCCGACCACUUUAACACCAAGCUGAGCUUUGGGGACCCGCAGACCUUAUGGGCCAGAACCGGAUACUUGGGCUUUGUGAAGAGGACCGAGCUCCUGGAUGCCAGUGGAGAUCGGCAUGAUGCUCUUUUUGUGGUGGGAUCGCUGGGCGAGACCCUGGAGCUCCGUGGGCUUCGCUACCACCCCAUUGACAUUGAGACAUCCGUGUCUCGUGCCCACCGCAGUAUCGCUGAGAGUGCUGUGUUUACAUGGACCAACCUACUGGUGGUGGUGUCGGAGCUGUGCGGUUCAGAGCAAGACGCGCUGGACCUGGUGCCCUUGAUUACAAACGUGGUCCUGGAGGAGCACCACCUCAUUGUGGGCGUGGUUGUCAUCGUGGACCCCGGGGUCAUUCCCAUCAACUCACGGGGGGAGAAGCAACGCAUGCACCUUCGGGACUCAUUUCUGGCCGACCAGCUGGAUCCCAUUUAUGUCGCUUACAACAUGUAAGGGUUGGUGGCGGUCCAGGCCUGCUGGCGUGUGACUGGACCCGUCCUGUUUGAAUGGUCACUGUGUUUUAUUGACGUGCAAAUCAGUCCGAAGCAGGAAGACGAAACCGCCAGGAGCGUUUCGUUAUAAAAGGCCCCCUCCAAAAAAGUUGAAUUGCCCUUCCUAUGUAAAGGGCCUUUCACACAGGACCACUUUGGAAAUUCCAUGUUAUUGCCUUUAUUAGUAUAUACACGGUAUAUAUAUUUAAAAAGAACAAUCUACCUGCUAUAUAGUUAGUUACCACAAACCUUUUGAAACACUUGUGGUGACACUGAUUCCAAGAGCUACUACUCAACUUGAAAUCUUUUUUACAUGCAGCUUUCAAACAAAUGCACACACGCUUGUGUUGAGCCUGUCUUUACCCUCAAUGGUGUCGGAAAAAAAAGCAAAUGCAGCUUGUUUCAUGCUGCGUUCAACCUUGGCACGUUUGAAUCGUUUAAAAGGAACUUUGGUGCAGUUACUCUGCUAGAAAGGAUCGUUCGAUUAAUUCCAAACUUAAUCAUCUGAACCCUGGUGUGCACCAAACAGGCGUAGAUGAGACUCGGCCUGUUCUUUAAGUGAACUCUGGGGUGGUUCUUUCGCAAAAGUGAAUGCUACAAGAACCAAAGACACAGACCGGUGUUGAAAUGAUAACAAAAGUAAUGCAAAAAUGACAAAUAUGUGAGAAAAUGUGUUGAAAGUUCUCUCACUGUGUGUUUGCGAUAACUGCUCUUUAAGGUACAUUUUAGAGGCUUUUGGUAAAAUCUAAAAAGGUGUUUUGGUUGUGAAUAUGUGAGUUUUGUCACAUAUUAAUGUCAUGAAAACAAGUCCCUACUUUAUGCUUAUGUUCUUUACUGCGCGGCCUUUGGUGCCAUGACAAAAAUAUACGUGUGAACGCUAAAAGAGCCGCACCAAAGUAUGCACCGAGUUUCUGUUUUUGAUCAUUGGUCCGGACCAGAGCAACAAACCACAAUAACAUGUCAUGUUUGAUUAAGCGGAAUGACUGAGAGUUUAGGUUGCAGUCUUCUUACAUGUGAACUUUGGUGUGGUUUACUUCACUUGAGCAGAAAUUGAACGCUACACAGACCAAAGACAUGGAGAUGUGUUAAACUGACAGCAAAAAUUGUGUAAAAAAAUGACAAAUAUGUAUGAGAAAAGGCUGUUUCUCUGCCUUCUUUCUUUGUGUGCACUCUUUUAAAGUUUUUCAGAAUAUUUUGGUGAAAUUUAAGCUGGUAAAAACAUUCCUAAAUAUUUUAAUAUAUAUUAUAUAUACACUAUAUUGCCAAAAGUAUUUGGCCAACCAUCCAAAUGAUCAGAAUCAAGUGUCCUAAUCACUUGGCCCGGCCACAGGUGUAUAAAAUCAAGCACUUAGGCAUGGAGACUGUUUCUACAAACAUUUGUAAAAGAAUGGGCCGCUCUCAGGAGCUCAGUGAUUUCCAGCGUGGAACUGUCAUAGGAUGCCACCUGUGCAACAAAUCCAGUCGCGAAAUAUCCUCGCUCCUAAAUAUUCCAAAGUCAACUGUCGGCUUUAUUAUAAGAACAUGGAAGAGUUUGGGAACAACAGCAACUCAGCCACAAAGUGGUAGGCCACGUAAACUGACAGAGGGGUCAGUGGAUGCUGAAGCGCAUAGUGCAAAUAGGUUGCCGACUUUCUGCAGUCAGUUGCUACAGAGCUCCAAACUUUAUGUGACCUUCCAAUUAGCCCACGUACAAUACGCAGAGAGCUUCAUGGAAUGGGUUUCCAUGGCCGAGCAGCUGCAUCUAAGACAUACAUCAUCAAGUCCAAUGCAGAGUGUGGGAUGCAGUGGUGUAAAGCACGUCACCACUGGACUCUAGAGCAGUGGAGAUGCGUUCUCUGGAGUGAUGAAUCACGCUUUUCCAUCUGGCAAUCUGAUGGACGAGUCUAAGUCUGGAGGUUGCCAGGAGAACGCUACAUUUCGGACUGCAUUGUGCCGAGUGUGAAAUUUGGUGGAGGAGGAAUUAUUGUGUGGGGUUGUUUUUCAGGAGUUGGGCUUGGCCCUUUAGUUCCAGUGAAAGGAACUUUGAAUGCUCCAGGAUACCAAAACAGUUUGGACAAUUCCAUGCUCCCAACUUUGUGGGAACAGUUUGAAGCGGGCCCCUUCCUCUUCCAACAUGACUGUGCACCAGUGCACAAAGCAAGGUCCAUGAAGAAUUUGAUGACAGAGUCUGGUGUGGAUGAACUUGACUGGCCUGCACAAAGUCCUGACCUGAACCCGAUAGAACACCUUUGGGAUGAAUUAGAACGGAGACUGAGAGCCAGGCCUUCUCGACCAACAUCAGUGUGUGACCACACCAAUGCGCUUUUGGAAGAAUGGUCGAAAAUUCCUAUAAACACACUCCGCAACCUUGUGGACAGCCUUCCCAGAAGAGUUGAAGCUGUAAUAGCUGCAAAAGGUGGACUGACUUCAUAUUGAACCCUAUGGGUUAGGAAUGGGAUGGCACUUCAAGUUCAUAUGUGAGUCAAGGCAGAUGGCCAAAUACUUUUGGCAAUAUAGUGUAUAUAAUUUACUUAUACAUAUUAAUAGUAUUAUGUUAUUUUAUAUUUGCAUUUUGAUUUGGAAAAUGUGAGUCACAUCCUGUAAAGUGUAACAAAAGUGUGAACUGUGAGCGGAACCGCACCAAAGUAUCACCAACAAUCUUUACAUUUCUGGUCCCAACCAAGUACCAAACCACAAGUGUGAACGCAGCCUCUAUAGUCUUAGUUAUUUAGCUUACAUGUCCUAAGAUAUUAAAAGCCAAAUCUUUUCACAGCUUUCCUGCCCUAAUAUACACUAUUUCCUGCCUUAUAAAAAAGUUAUACAUUCCUCUUUCAUUGGAUUGAAUCUAUUUUUAAAGGCAGUUUGUUUUCCUUUGGCUUUAAUCGGAAAUCCUGAUGAGACAACCAAAGGAUGCAAAUAAAAGAGGCUUCUAUGUCAAAAGCCCUCUUUGUAUUUUAGAUACACUUAUGUAACUAUAAAGAUGUUUUUAAUUGUAUAAAUUGUAUAAAACUCUACUUUCAUCUACUGAUUGAUCCUAGGUGGUUGACUAACUUGAAUCGGCUGGGAGAUGAAGAAGACUGUAAAUAAGAUUAAAGAGCUAUGACGGUACUUGCAAUAGUAGUCACGUGAUGGAAGGUUAUGAAUAAUAAACCUGUAAAUCAUUGUUAUAGACACGACACAUAUGUUGCACUUUCUUCCAAAAAAUAUAUAUUUUAUUACAACAAUGAGAUAUUCUAACUAAUAUUUCAGGAAAGUUGUAUUGCGUUUAAGGCCAUAAAAAAUAUAAAAGCACUUAAAACGCGCCUUUCUACGCGCUUUACUGUACACCGUCGCCUUGUCCGGCCAAUCACACGCUGACCACGAGCACGGUAUCUAACCAGCUCAAACGCGCAGGAGCAACUACUUUAUGAAUCCAACUUUUUACAGGCUGCAAGGUUAUUCAUGCAGAAUAUGUUCAUCAAAUUAGUUUUUGGAUUGCAUCAUUUCGCCAUGUUGUUGUUUGGAGUUGGAGAUUAGCACAUGGGGGUUCUUCACUGGAUUCAGUCUCUAAAUCUCGUAAGCACGAGUAGCAAAAAGCACGGUGGAGAUCCAUUUCGUUGACUGAAAAAUAUGAUUUUCAUCAAGAAGCAUGUGCAAAUUGUAAUUUGGUGUACUUUUCUUGUGCUCUUUGCCAUCAUAUGUAGGCUCUUUGUACUGGACAACAUAGUAUCUGUGUUAAACCCUAACUUUUAACAUGUACAUAUUUUUUGUUAGACUUUACGUCCCAUUACAAUGUGACUGACAAUGUUGGAAAAAUCCUUGCAAGAUAUGUUAAUUACCUUGACGCUUACAUCAAUAUACGCCACCUAACAUUAGCUAAAACGUUAGCUAAAAACUCCACUGAACUGGAAUUGGAGGAAAAACAGGAUACAAUCUAAACCACAAGGACUUAGAGCAGGGGUGUCAAACUCAUUUUACAUCGGGGGCCACAUGGAGAAAAAUCUACUCCCAAGUGGGCCGGACUGGUAAAAUCACGGCAUGAUAACUUAGAAAUAAAGACAAUUUCAGAUUGUUUUCUUUGUUUAAAAAUAGAACAAGCACAUUCUGAAAAUGUACAAAUCAUGUUGGUUUUUUUUACUUACAUGUUGCUGUUAAUAGUAUUCUACCUUUAUCUGUCGUUAUCUAUACUUCCCUGAUAAAUGAUGUGCUAAUGUUCAUAAGUCAACACAUAGGUGUUCAUUUUUAAUCUAUCAAGAUAACAAAAAUAUCAAAAUCAAAUUACAGAAUGGUAUUAAUGUAGUUUGCUCAUUUUCCUCGACUGGUGCACUAACAUCAUCUGGUUUAUUUUUUUUUACAUAUGUAGCAUCAUCUACAAAGAUACAAAUAAUUGCUAUUGCGACAUCUAGUGGACACAUUUAGAACAGCGGUUUCUUUCAUUCAAAAAUUUUGGCUCAUUUUUUUACUUAGCAAAGGCCGUACAUUUGACACCCCUGAUUUAGAAGCAUAUGUCAUGAAUAAUUUCACAAAACAAAACGCGGAUGCGACAAAUUUACAGUAGCACUGUUUGAAAGCUAACACUCAGCCCUUCCAACCGCCGAAACUUCCCAAACAAGCAUCUUCAAUCACUCUUACCCGGUAGCAACACAAAGCGGUGCCGCGGUUUUCGUACGCCCUGCUUUACAUGAUUUGGUUUUUGACCAAAAUUUUCGCCAAAAUACCAUCUCGGUCGUCUUACAGCAGAACAAGCUAGUCCGUUUCCCCGCGGAAUUGAGGGCCCCAAAAACAAUUUGACACGUCUGCUUUUUUUUUGUUUGUUUUUGUUUUGGUGUACGACUGCAUUUACUCACUUUUACUAAAUCAGUUCUAUUUAUGCAGACAAAAUGUGUUGCUAGAGACGUUUCAGGGAUUUUCAGUCAUACUGCGCUCCAGAUGGGUGGUGUUAAAUUUUCAGAUUAAUAUUGAUGUUAAAAAUUAAUCCGCAUUAAAGCGUCAAUUCAUUUAAUACAUUUUUUGCAUUGUUUUUGGAAGUAAAGCUAUAAUUACUGUAUUCUCUUUAAAAAGAUUUGUGUUAAUAUUUCGGGUGUGUGUAACGGAUUAAUUGGACUUGCAUUAUGUAAAAAAUUGCUUCCGUUUUCCUCUUACUUUUUGGAACAGAUUACUACCGACGAUGGAGGUACCACCGUUCAGCAUGUACAUUUUCAUAUUUACAGCAAGCAUCAAAGUCUCCUUCUCUUUGUCACCAAUCUCAUCCGUGUAGAUUUAGAGAUUAAUUUAUUUUUUCUAGCAAGCCUCUAAAGCCCAGGGUUUAGGAGGUUAAUGGUGCAGCAGAGUGCUUAUCUCCAGGCAGAAGAGAGAAAAAUUAUAUAAAUAUAGAUAUAUAUAGACAUGUAUGUAUGAAAUAUUCAGGGAAUACAACUCAGCUAACCCAGGGAUGGUGGACCAGCUGGUCCCAUGGUGCAAACGAUGAAAUAAUAUUUAACACUGUCCAUGACCAUCUCCUGCAUUGCUAAGAAGUCCACAUUUUGGGAUUUUCCUGUUCUUUUUACGUCAACCUCUACACACACUAUGCAAAACUUGACGACAGUGCAAUUUUGUUGAAGUUUGCACAGUCUUGUGAACGACGCUUCUACAUUUUCUAAGUCACUGAUAACAUUGAAAUUUAUUUUUUUUAAUGACGAUAUUCACCUCUUGAGUUGUUCAGUUGAUAUUGUGUGUGCACCCCCUCAGCAUGUUGUAUAAAUAUUAAGUAUUUCAUGAAUUCUUAACUGGUCCAUGAACAUGUGAUUCCCCCUCACCCCCCUUAUUUACUUAUUUUAUCAUUUGCUUGGUUGUACCUUUGUUUUAUACUUUAUGUACAAGUAAUGCAGAAUAAAUUAAGAAAAGCAUUUAAUCUUUUGUAGUAGGUGUGUUGCAGUUUCCAUUGAUUAUUUUAUUGUAAACACACAAAGGGUCUUACUGCAAUGUUUUAAUGGCGUUUACUGGACAUUCUCCUUGGAUUGUGGACUUUAUGGAAGUUCCAUUCCAUAAAAUAAAAACCUUAAUUUAUGUCUUCCUGAGACCCAGCAAUGUAUUGUUAUUCUCUGUAACAGAUCCUAGCCGAGUCAUACCAAAGGCUACAAAAAAUGGGACCCAUUGCCUCCCUGCUUGGCACUGUCUGAUUGAUUGAUUGAUUGAAACUUUUAUUAGUAAAUUGCAGUGAAGUACAUAUUCCGUACAAUUGACCACUAAAUGGUAACACCCGAAUACGUUUUUCAACUUGUUUAAGUCGGGCUCCACUUAAAUUGAUUCAUGAUACAGAUAUAUACUAUCAAAUAUAUACUAACAUCAUAAUACAGUCCUCACACAAGAUAAUCAUCACAGUAUAUACAUUGAAUUAUUUACAUUAUUUACAAAC